AUGGCCCCUACUAAGGUCUUCUCCCUCGAUGGCAAAAGCCUGAAGCUCGACACUGCCGAAGACAUUGAGGCACACAUCAAGCCUCUUGUCGAGAGCACCGAUUACACCGAGAUUCGCCUGGGCGGUAACACCCUCGGCGUGGGUGCUUCCGAGCGUCUCGCCGCUGUCAUCGCCACCCAGAAGAGCCUCGAACACGCCGAUCUUGCCGAUAUCUUCACCUCGCGACUCCUGUCCGAAAUUCCCCCGGCCCUGAAAUCCCUCCUCGACGCCCUCCUUGAGAUCCCGUCCGUACACACCGUCAACCUAUCCGACAAUGCCUUCGGUCUCAACACUCAGGCCCCCCUCGUCGAUUUCUUGUCCCGCCACACCCCCCUUCGCCACCUGAUCCUGAACAACAACGGUCUUGGCCCCGCCGCUGGUACAUUGGUCGCCGAUGCUCUGAGCAAACUUGCCGAGCGCAAGGAGGAAGCGCGCAAGGAGGGCAAGGUGGUCGCCCUGCUGGAGAGCAUUGUCUGCGGACGUAACCGUCUCGAGAACGGCAGUAUGGAGGCCUGGGCCCGCGCCUAUGAGAAGCACGCCGCCGGCCUGAAGUCCGUCAAGAUGACUCAGAACGGUAUCCGCCAGGAGGGUAUCUCGCUGCUGCUUAAGAACGGUCUCCGCCACGCCAGCGGCCUGGAGGUCCUGGACCUGCAGGAUAACACUUUUACCGUUAUGGGUUCCACCGCUUUGGCUAGUGUUUUGGAGGGCUGGCCUUCCCUGCGCGAGCUGGGUGUUGGUGACUGCCUGCUCUCUGCCCGUGGUGGUGUCAAGGUUGCCAAGGCUCUGGCUGCCAACAAGAACCAGAAGAUUCAGACUCUUCGUCUCCAGUACAAUGAGGUUAAGGCCGACUUCGUGAAGGAGCUUGCUUUUGCUGCUAAGACUGCCCUCCCUAGCCUGCGUCGCGUUGAGCUAAAUGGAAACAUCUUCUCUGACGAUGAUGAGAACAUUACCGUUCUGCGUGAGCUUCUGGAGGCUCGCCAGGAGGAGCACGGUACUGAUGAUGACCCUGAGGAUAGCUGGGUGAGGGCGAGGAGGAGGGAGGAGGAGGAGGAAGAAGAGGAGGAGAAGCCCAAGACUGAGAAGGACAUCAAGGAUGCUGAGCGUUCUGAGGCAAACGCCCAGAAGAUCGAGAAGGCCGUCGAUGAUCUCGCCGACGCCCUGGGCAAGACUGGCCUGUAG